AUGGACUUCGCCUCGCUAAUGUCCCAAGAGAUCUCCAAAGCCAAGGGCGGCAGCGGCAGCGGCAGCGGCUCCGGCUCCUCGACCGGGGGCGGCGAACAGAAAAAGUACAUCUCGCGCCGGGAAGCGGAGGAAGCGCGGCGCGCCGCCUACCUCGCCGAGCAGAAGCGCCUCGAGGAGGAGCGGGCGGCCAAGGCGGCGGCCAAGCGCAGGCGCGAGGAGGAGGCCGCGCAGGAGGCGCGCGCGCGAGAGGAGAAGCGGCGCCGGCUCGCCGAGGAGGCCCGGCUGCGGAGGGAGGCGAAGGAGGCCGAGGAGGAGCGGGCGCGGCGGAGGAGGCUGGGGCUGCCCGAGGUGCCGCUGGUGAAGCAAGGGGAAGAAGAGGGCGGAGAGGGCGACAAGAAGAAGGCGGAGGAGGGCGGCGACGAGGAUGACCUGGACGGAGACGGGGAGGACGCGGGCGAUAUCGCCGAGGAGGAGCUCGUCAAGAAGCUCAGGGAACUCGGGGAGCCGGCGAUCCUGUUUGGUGAGAACCACGCGGCACGGCUGAUGCGGUACAGGAAGGUGAGCCGGGGUGGCGCUCUGGCUGCUGCCGCGGGUCCCAUCGCGACGACGCUCGUGCCGGUCGAAGAGAAGGAUAUGAAGGUCCCCGACAAGGUCCCGCCGGCGUCGGAUAAGAAGGCCCGCAGGUUCCUCUACCGGCAGCUGGCGUCCUACUUCAACAUGGUCCUUCGCGAGUGGGAGGCGGCGCUGGCGCGGGAGAACAACGCGGAUACCUUCGCCGGGCAAGCGGCGCGCAACGCCAUGACCUCCAGCAAAGACUCGAUGCGGCCGCUCUUUCGCAAAUUUGAGCAGGGCAACCUGGACGAGAGCAUCCUCGAGGCUAUCGUCGAGAUCGUCAAGGCUGCGCAGGAGCGGCGGUACGUCGACGCCAACGACGGGUACCUGCGCCUGAGCAUUGGCAAGGCGGCAUGGCCCAUCGGUGUUACCAUGGUCGGCAUCCACGAGCGUAGCGCCCGUGAGAAGCUUCACGGCGGCGAGAGGGGCCAUAUCAUGGGCAGCGAGGUCACCCGCAAGUACCUGCAGAGCAUUAAGCGAUGCCUGACCUUUGCCCAAGUCCGCUGGCCACCAGAGGACAUCCGGCAGUUGAUGGGCUGA